CAUCUCUUUCGUCUCUCACAGCUUACAGGGUUAUUCCAGUUUACUGUUCGCUUGGCCUCUGAGACUGAAGCUCGGUUCACCUCAGUAGAGAGAAUCCAUCAUUACAUCAAGUCUCUGUCUCUGGAGGCUCCUGCAAGGGUGAAAAACAAGGCUCCUCCAUCUGACUGGCCCCAGGAGGGUGAGAUCGUGUUUGAUGGAACGGAGAUGAGGUACAGAGACAACCUCCCAAUGAUACUGAAGAAAGUUUCCUGCACCAUUCGACCAAAAGAGAAGAUCGGGAUUGUGGGACGAACAGGCUCAGGGAAGUCUUCUCUGGGAGUGGUUCUCUACCGGCUGGUAGAACCGUGUGGUGGCUCCAUUAAGAUUGACGGUGUCAACAUUUGCGACAUUGGCCUUGCUGAUUUGCGCAGCAAACUGUCAAUCAUUCCACAGGAGCCAGUGCUUUUCAGUGGUACUGUCAGAUCCAACUUGGAUCCUUUUAACCUGUAUUCAGAGGAGCAAAUCUGGGAUGCCCUGGAGAGGACACACAUGAAAGAAUGUGUGUCUCAGCUGCCUUUAAAGCUGGAGUCCGAGGUGGUGGAAAACGGGGAGAAUUUCUCCGUGGGUGAGCGGCAGCUGCUCUGUGUGGCCCGAGUUCUUCUGAGACAGUGCAAGAUCUUGAUUCUGGACGAGGCCACAGCGGCUAUGGACACAGAGACUGACUGUCUGAUUCAGGAGACGAUUCGUAAUGCGUUCCAGGACUGCACCACACUGACCAUUGCACACCGAUUGCACACAGUGCUCAGCUGUGACCGUAUCAUGGUGCUCAAUCAGGGCCAGGUGGUGGAAUUUGACGAGCCGUCCAAGCUCUUGGCGAAUGAGAACUCACGCUUCUGUGCGAUGCUGGCAGCGGUGGAGAACAAAAUCUCUGUAAGAGGCUAAAGGAUGUCCGAGCCAAGGUUUCACUCCCGAGGACCGAAGGGAACAUUCUCCAUUAAUAUUCCAGUCAUUGCUGCUUCAAUGUUCCUCCCUCCUGCAAACCUAUAGGGACCUGGGGAGGGAGAGUAUAGUAUUUCCAUGAAACUCAUGGGCUGUCAUUAGGGGCAUGCCUGUUAAGAUGUACUACUUGUGAGCUUAAAUGGUUAGGUCAGGAAACGCUGAUACUGCAAUGAUAUUUACAUAACGAAGUGGGGAAAUCAGUUUCCAUGUAGUUCAAUUCAUGCAAACUGGUAUGUUUUACAGAGUACAUAUCUCUGUUUAUAUGAGUAUAUAUAUUUACAAGGUGGUUGCAGAGUCCUUUUGUAUUGAUUCUGCUGGUCUAUGUACAGUAUGUAAUAUAUACAUACAUUCAGAUGGAUCAGCUUUCAUUACAGUUUAAUAUUUUUGACAACUUGACAGUCUUCAGUACAUGUGUAAAUGUUGUCUUGUGACUUGAACCCUAAACUUUGGCACAGGUGACGUUGUCCACAGGAUGUUGUACAAGCACUGAGUAAGUGGGACUCUUUAAGAGAAACAGUGCUGCUUAUUUACUGUCUCCUUGUUCAGCACACCAAGGAUUCAGUCUUAUUUAGCUAAGAGGCCUUUGUAUAUUUAUAGCCUAUUUCCACUGUUAACAUUUUUGCCAGUUCCUUUUUAUUUUUCCUCUUAUGUGGUAUUUUUUUUGUUGCUCUUUUACGUAUGAAAGCAUUUCUCAUUUUGGCUUGUUUUUGCACUUUGUAUUCACCUCUGUAGGAGGUCACAGACAUUGUUUUGACUUUGUCCCAAAAGAGACGCUCGUCGAGCAUAAUCUUAGCAGGCCAAAUUUGCUAGAACGGGCCUUUUGUUUUUUUGUGUGUGUGUUACGUUGUCUAUCACAGCACUGGUACAAAGAGAUCGCUCUGAAUGGACUUUCUGAAUCAGGUUGUGAUGGUCGUUUGUGGUCUGCAUGAAGGGGAAUCUGAUUUCCCCUCAUCAGACCCUGCAAAAAUGUCUUGUUAUUUCCAUUUUUUUUCCAUAGCCUUAGCAUGAUUUCUUAAUUGCCUUGUGAAAAGGGUGGAAGGAGAGUAGGAGAGCGUACAGUCUCUCUGCUGUCUCAAUAAAUUUAUUUUGGGUUUACCCUU